UUCCUAAUAUUAAGGACAUAUUUAAUACCGGGUACUUCAUCACCUCUGAUUUUAAUAGUAAACCUGACUCCAGACCGCGCAUACUAUUGUCGACACGCUGGACAACGGUCGUAUCAACUUCUAAUAUGUGUCUCUGGCUUUUAACAGCUUGUUUAGGGCUAUUGCCGGGUAAUCCUACCCCACCAGUUAUAAUAGUGCCAGGUGUACCAUCACCAAUAAUUCUGCCUACAACAACCACGACUACAACUACCGCCCCCCCAGGUAACAAUGACAUGACUGGACCCCCAGAGCCCCCUCCAACGGAACCACCGGCGACUGAACCUCCACCUACUGAUAGCACAACUAUUCCAACGGUACCACCAACACCGCCACCGACAACAGGUGGAGUUCUUUUACCCGUCAUACUUUGUAAUAAUCCUGACAUUAUAUGUAUCUCUAAUCCCGAUGAAAACACCACAGGCCCUCUUCCAAUCGAUCCGAGGCUUGGCACAACUCCAGCACCGUCAGCACCAUUGCAAGUUCCACCUAUAACCGGUUACAGCGCUCUGGAGCCGUCUUAUAAUACAGCUGUUAGGUUUCCGAGGCAAAGAAGAAAUGUGGAUUUCACGUUUAAAGACAUUUUUCAUAGUACUCCCAAGGAAGUUUAUGUUAAACACAGAAUUUACAAGAGGCAAAGUUGUCGAUGUGUGGCGAUUGGUACAUGUAUCAGACCCAGCACAGGCGCCGGUUUGAUUGAUAUCAGAAUUGUUAAUCCUGGUGGAGGCGGUGGUAGCGGAGAGUGUCCAGCGGGUCAGGAAAGUUGUUGUGGUGGCAUAACGGACUCUCAGAUAGCUUGUGGAAUAUUACAAACAACGCCUCCUCUUUCUGUUACGCCGACUGCAGGACAAGCUAAUUUUGGAGAAUACCCUUGGCAGGCCAUGAUAUUAACAAAACAAAAUGAUUAUAUAGCUGGCGGUGUUCUUAUUGACCCGUUAAAUGUCCUGACAGUUACACACAGACUGCUACCGUAUAUUGUUUCAGGUACAGCACCCAACGUCAAAGUAAGACUAGGUGAAUGGGACGCCGCUGGUACAUACGAACCAGUUCCUUAUCAAGAGUAUGCAGUUCAAAAAGUCUUCAGCCAUCCUUCUUAUAACUCUAAUACACUGCAGUACGAUAUCACUGUAUUGCGAUUAGCAGCCCCUGUACCGUUUACCCCAGCCGCUGGAGCGGCAACUACAAUAAAUAGAGCUUGUCUCCCAUCUUCACCAACCGCUACGUAUAAUGGGCAUAGAUGUUGGGUAGCCGGAUGGGGUAAAAAUAUGUUUGGAGUACAAGGUCAAUAUCAGCAAAUAUUAAAAGAAGUAGAAGUUCCAAUAGUAGCACCAGCUACCUGUCAAUCGCAAUUACAGGCGGCUAGACUCGGCCCAACUUAUGUUCUGGAUACCACGUCGUUUAUAUGUGCUGGUGGAGAACCUAACAAAGAUUCUUGCACAGGUGAUGGUGGCUCGGGUCUAGUAUGUUCAGUGAACGGUCAAUGGGUAGUAGUAGGGCUGGUAUCAUGGGGUCUAGGCUGUGCCAAUGCAAAUGUACCUGCCGCCUAUGUAAAUGUCGCCGCCCUUCUACCCUGGAUACAGCAGCAGAUAGCUACUCCCUGAUUUAUAAAAUUGAUACAUUUGAUCUAA